AUGGAAGUAUCGGUGAUAUCAAUGGAGAGCAUCAAACCAUUGUCAUUAGCACUAGCAGGAGGUGGUGAACACGAGUUCAAGCCAUUCAAGCUGUGUCUUCUAGACCAGCUCAUGGUCUCCACUCAUUCUCCUCUCGUCCUCUUCUACCCUCUCAAGGAUGUUCAAGACAAGGGAUCCGUCGGCAAACGUUUGAAAGCAUCGCUGUCCAAGACCUUGAAUCCCUUCUACCCUGUUGCCGGGAGAGUGAAAGACAACCUCGUCAUCCACGACUUCGAACGAGGUGUCUCUUUCGCCGAAACACAAGUGAAGGGUCACCGUCUCUCCGACGUCCUGGCAGCCUCGCCACGUGGGGGACCCAAGUUGGGAUUCCUGAACAACUUGCUUCCCUUCGAGCCAUUUUGUUAUCAGGAGGAUGAAGCCGCUUCUGCACAGCUAUCGGUGCAACUCAACACGUUUGACUGUGGCGGGAUUGCAAUCGGGUUGGCCAUGUACCACAAGCUCAUGGACGGUGUGACCGCCAACACAUUCCUCCACGCCUGGGCCGCCAAUUGCAAGGGCGAUUCGGCGGCACGGCUGAAGCUGAAACAGCCGGAGUUGAGUAAACCAUCCUCCGUUUUCCCUCCCAGCGAGUCAAUCUCUCGAGAGCGCCUAGCGUUUAUGAAAGACGUGUAUUUUCAGAGCGUCCAUCACCACCAACAACAACAACGAAAGGGAGCCUCGAGGAGAUUCGUGUUCGACAAGAAUGCAAUAGCCACGCUGAGAACCAUGGCGAGGAGCAGCAAAGUCAUGGACCCAACUCGUCUCGAAGCUCUGUCGGCUUUCAUUUGGGAAUCCGCACUCAAGGCAGUUGCUGCUGCUCAGCGGCCGCAGCAGCAACUCCAGUGUUUCACACAGGCUGUUAAUAUAAGGACAUUGAUGAGCCCACGCUUGUGUAGAUACUCCAUUGGAAAUCUUGUGGCCAACACAUUGGUGUCCUGCAAGGACAUCCCCAACAAGUCAAUGAAGGAGUUGGUAGGUCUUAUAAGGGAAGGAAUUGUUAGAAUCGAUGAGAAGUACAUCAACACCAUGUCUAGCACAGCCAAGAUCGAGGUUCAGAAGGUGGUGGGAGAAGUUGCCCAAGGAGGAUGUGGUGGGCAAGUUCUGAGUUGCUCAAGCUGGGUCGGUUUCGGGGUUAAUGAUUACGACUUCGGUUGGGGAAAGCCCGUUUGGACCGGCUUAUUUGGAGACCCUAGCGGAAAUCAAGCUUUUCUCAACAAUAGCAUCAUUUUCAAGAAUUUAACCACUACGGGGCAUGAAAAUUUCAAUGCAAUAGAGGCAUGGAUAAGGCUAGAUGAAGAUGUCAUGGCUCUUCUUGAACAUGAUCCUCACUUCACCCAAUAUGCUUCCCCAAAUCCACCCAUCAUUCUCAACUGA